CAUUUCUCAUUCUUAACAACAUAACUCUGCUACUCUCCACUACAAUCAAUGCGAAAAAUGAGGAGACAAAUCUUCUUUCGUCUUCUCCUACUGAGCCUCCUACUCGCAGCUUCCCCAAUCAAUCAUCUCACUGCUAGUGUUCAGGCCAUUCCGCCAGCUCAUGUCAAGCUCCGAACCUUACGACCCAGCUCGAUGCCACAUUCUGGGCAUGACAUGCCUUCAUGGGAUGAAGAUAAAAGGACUCAAAAAAGCCCAUCAGGGCCGAACCCCGUAGGGAAUCACCGACCACCAUCUAAAACAUAAAGUGACGGUGGGAUGGAUGGACACAGCUAUUCGGCAUCAGUCAUGGUUUCUUAGGAGUCAUGACCUCUUGGGAGAUCCCGGUUUCCAGGAACAUUGUAGUUGUACAAAAUGGGGUUUAAUAAUUGAAUAUUUGUACCUUAUAAGUUGUUAUAUUAGCCAUCAUUAAGUUCUCAUUGCAUUUAGUAGUCUAAUUAAAUAUCAUUCCUAUUUCUUUUUCUACUUCC